UUUGCUUGGUGCGGUUUGUGCGGUGGCGGUGUGGUGCAGCGCGUAUGCCUUCGUUACGGGGAUCAAACUUUGUUUCUGCCAUUAAAUCUACUAUAUGAUAAGCACAAGCUUUGUAACAGUGAGGAUUGUUGGAUGAUGUUCGCUGCUUGAACUUAAUAUGGAAUGUCUGCGCUCUGCAUCGCCCGAAAUAUCGUGAAGAAGCCCCUCCUGAGCAGGAUAGGCGACUGCCUUUUUAGGGCAGCCGCGGCACGGGCAGUUCAGCCAUCCAAUAAUAAGCCUGCCGUCCGAUCUAUUCACCUCUCGGAUCUGCUCAGAAUGGCAGAUGAAAAGGACAUCAAGGACAUGACUGAAAAGGACUGGCGUGAGAAACUGACGCCUGAUCAGUUUUAUAUUUGUCGUCAAAGAGGCACAGAACCCGCGUACAGGGGCCGGUGGGUCAACCAUAAAGCGAAGGGAACGUAUACAUGUAUUGCCUGUGGUGCUGAUUUGUUCAGCUCCGAACACAAAUUUGUCUCGAAUUGUGGCUGGCCAUCAUUUUUUAUGGCUUUAGGUACAGUGGAUGGCGACGAGUCAAACUCAAGCAUUUUACGGAAAGAGGACACAUCACAUGGCAUGGUACGAACAGAAGUUUGCUGCAGAAAGUGCAACUCUCACCUGGGACAUGUGUUCAAUGAUGGACCACUGCCAACACGUCUUCGCUUUUGCAUCAACAGCAUAGCACUCAACUUCAGGCCGGCACCUAAAUGAAGGCUUCUUAGAGUCAGCAUUAAUCAAGCAAUAUGGGCAUGCUUUUUGCAUAGGCAUACUACAAAGGCAGUUAAUUUAGCCAGGAAUACCUGGAACGCUUUUCUCUUGGUAACGUUGUUCACUGCUUCAUACUGCAGAAUUCUUCUGAAGUACCUUGUUUGUAAAUGCACACAUCCAGCAUAUUUAGAAUGAGCUCACAUGAAACAAAGAAACUUUCUGAAUCGACCAAAAAUGGUUCGCACAGACCGGUGAAUUAAGUUUUUGUCAUGCUGAGUGUUGGACAUUGCAAGAUGAAAUAACCUUGCAGUGAGGAGUUAGAAAGUAGAGAAGCUGAAGUUGCAAGAUUUUUGUCAGUCAAAAUUGGCGGAGAGUACGGGAUGGCUAAGAACCCCCCCCCCCCCCCCCCCCGGUGCUGGCCUGGGAUAUUUUUUAAGAGCUUGUCUAAGGCUCUCAUAUACCCCUAUCGGACUGUUGGCCAUCCAGUUUUGCAGCUAUUUCACAGGGAACUGUUUUUGCCCGUUCCUUUUCCUUUCAGGCUUUUAAAAGCCGGAUCAUGGGGCAGUGAGAAGUAGGGAGUCUGGUGCCGUCGUCGCAUUUAGAACGAAGUUACAAGGUGACGAAAAUUGUGGCAUUUGCACAGCUUUUGUGCAAAACAGUAAGGGAUGUAAGCGUAUGCAUCUAGCAAAUGAAAGUUUCUUUAUGUAACAGACAUUUGUUCAU